AUGGCUAACAGUAUGUUGCGUUUCGCAAUUGGGAGCUGUUUAUUUUGUUUCGGUUUCACUUUAUUUCGCGUGAAAGACUUCAAUCCCCUUCGGAACCGUGCCAGUAUCUCCGCCCCGCUGGUGCAUAAGUUCGACGGCCUGCUCCAGCUGGUCAAGGGCAUCGACCGCCUCGAGGUGAGCGUACCGAUCAUCAAGGAACAACCGCAGGAGAUCCACAACCAGGCAAAGUCUAAGGUCCUCGGCAUGGUCAAACCCUAUGCCGAGAAGGUGUACGAACUGCAACAGGCCUUCCAGCAGAAGGCAGCCUCCCUGAAAGAGCUCUCCUAGAAGAAAGCCAACGAAGUACUGGCCUCCCAGUACAGAAGGAUCGCCGUGAGCGGCGUGGACAUCACCGCUCAGCUGGCCGAGCGUCUUCUGGACUACUACUGCCCGAAGUGCGAAGGCGACGAUGAAGAUAACGCUCUCAUCUCGGUUAAGGAAGAUCCACCCUGCACACCGUUCAGACGCCUCUCCAACAAAGUUGCCCGCCGCGUCUACCGCACCGUGUCCAAGCAGGUGAAAACCCUCCGCAAGGAAGAUGUCAAGGAAUACGUCGUCACGUUGAUUGCCGUCCUCCGCCUGACCCAGUACCUCAACUUCCUGAACGACAAACGGCAACACCAGUCCGCCCCUGCUAGCAACAGCACCGCUCCCGCCCACGCUAACUCUAGCUUCACUUCUGCGUCCAACACCUCGGCCGUGGUUUCUAUGAUCAAUUACAAGACAGGCCAAGAAGGAGACCGGCGAAGACCAGAUAUCGCAGUAGGCAGGCGCAUAAUAAGACUAGACUACGAUGUAACGUAAAAUUUGUGUAUGUGCGGAAAUGCAAACCCUCUAUAAGCGAAAUAAUUAGUUUUAGAUUUAGAUUAGAAA